AUGGUGAAGUCCUACGACUCUGCUCUGCUCUGUAACCUGAUGUCAGACUUUAUAGCCUUCCCCCGUUGCCUCUCUGUGGGGCAGCAGAACAGUCUAACACCCCCAGACACCAGUCUAACACCCCCAGAGACCAGUCUAACACCCCCAGAGACCAGUCUAACACCCCCAGAGAACAGUCUAACACCCCCAGAGACCAGUCAAACACCCCCAGAGACCAGUCUAACACCCCCCAGAGACCAGUCUAACACCCCCAGAGACCAGUCUAACACCCCCAGAGACCAGUCUAACACCCUCAGAGACCAGUCUAACACCCCCAGAGACCAGUCUAACACCCUCAGAGACCAGUCUAACACCCCUAGAGACGACUACAUCAGGAAUGUGGAGGAAACCCCAGUAUCGGAUGAAACUGUGGACACCACCAAGGAUCUGUGCCAGAAGGUGAAGUGUAGCCGCCACAAGAUCUGUGUUACCCAGGGUUACCAGAGAGCAACGUGUGUCAAUGUCAACCGGAAGAAGCUGGAGCACAGAAGCAGACAGCCUGUAGAGCUGAUGCCUCAUGAGAACACCUGUAAGACCUGCCCUGUGGCCGCUGCCUCCCCUGUGUGUGGUACGGAUAAACACAACUACGCCUCUCAGUGUAAGUUGGAGCAGCAGGGCUGUCUAACAGGGAAGGAUCUGAGUGUGAAAUGCCAGGGCAUGUGCCCCUGUGCCACCGCUGCCACCCCCAUCACAGAGACCGAGGACAAACACGCAGAGAGCUGUACCGGGCAGGACCUGGCAGACCUUGGAGACCGCCUCAGAGACUGGUUCCAACUGCUCCAUGGAAACGCCAAGCAGAACAACUCAGGCAAGCCUGGACCUGGCACCGCCUCAGUCCUGGACAAGAGCCUGGUGGCCAGCUGUAAGGAUUCCAUAGGCUGGAUGUUCUCUAAGCUGGAUACUAAUACUGACCUGUAUCUGGACCAGGCCGAGCUGGCAGCUAUCAACCUGGACAAGUAUGAGGUGUGCAUCCGCCCCUUCUUCAACUCCUGUGACGGAUACAAGGAUGGGAGGGUUUCCACCGCAGAGUGGUGCCUCUGCUUCUGGAGGGAAAAGCCCGCUUGUCUGGCUGAACUGGAGAGGAUCCAGGUUCAACAAGUGGCCAAGAAGAAGCCUGGUAAGUGUCUGUCUCAUAACAGGGACUUUACAGGAAAUUGUCCCAAAUGGCACCCUAUUCCCUACAUAGUGCACUACUUUUGCCCAGGGUCUACACAAUGAGAUGAAUGAAUUUAGUAUAUUG